AUGCUGAUGUAUUUAUUUUUCUUUAUAUAAAAUCUUUACACAUUGACAGAUCUGCAUUUACUGAUAAUAGUAAACUCAAUGUUGAAUCACUGAUCAAGAACUUGAAGAAUAUGAUAAUGAAGAAAUUGUCUAUGUUAUGUAUAACUGAGUCUUUCACAUCUCUCUCUAUUCUCUCUGUUUCUUUUUCUGCUGCUCUCUCUCAAUCUUCUACACUUAUCUCUGUGUCUGAUUCUCUCACUUCUGCUAUCUCUGCUUCUAUUACUUCUAAUUCUGCUAUGUUUGCUUCUGCUUAUACUUUCAUUACUAGCUCUUCCUCUUUCAAGAAGAUAUUGUAUAAACUUAAUAAAUCACAUUUCUCAGUGUGUAUACUCUCAUUCUUCUUACUGAUCUAUAGAAUAAUUUAUUAUAUCUGUGUUUUCACAAAUGAGAACACAGAUGUUAUACUCCUUUACACUCACAGAUGUGAGACUUUUGCUUCAGUGUCAGAGAUCAUUUUAAUCAAAGAUGAUAAUACUGCGGAGACUACUCUUUUCUGUUCUCAAGCUUCUCUCAGCACUUUCUCUCUCUUCUCUGUAGAGAAGAUUGUGUGCAUACUGA